AUGGCCAGCGGCAGUGGAGGACAUAGGACAGAUAGUCCGUUUAUCAUAGAACAUGACGAGGAAUCGGUCUUGGAUCAUGAGUUGGUUGACGAUGCUAUCGAGGCUGACGAUCCGCUCGGUUCGACAACAGACCGUACACCAUUGACUGGAAACAUUUCAUCCUCGGCUUCCGGAGGAGCUUCAAGAAACCCUGUAUCAAGCUCAUACCUUACCUCAUCCAUACCCGGAGAAGACCGCCGCGCACCUCAGAAUACAAUUGACGAGUCUGUCUGGGAUACACUCUCUCGGGAUCUUUUGGCAGUGUGGGAGAAAAUGAGACAGGUCCUCUGGCCACAAUAUCUACUCGGUGGUAUGAUGAUGCGCGGAGGCGGAGGCAGCGGAGGCUCCGCGGAGCGAGGCGAGGCUACUGGGUUUGGUAGCGAGAGCCUUGGUGCUCUCCGCGGACUCGUAGGCAGGUUGCCAGAUGCAGAUGUUGUAUUGCAGGGCGGGAUGAGCGAGGGACUUAGAAACUGGGAUCUAUGUAUGUUUCUUGCAAUGGGCAAGGGUGAUCAGUCCAGUCUCGUCUUCUCGGGUGUGUUUUGCAUAGUGUGGAUUGGCGAGGCCGUUGUCACUCUGCAGAUCAAGCUGCUUGGAGGAAAUAUUUCUUUUUUUCAAUCCGUCUGUCUCAUCGGCUAUACGCUCUUCCCGCUGGUUAUUGCUGCGCUACUGAGUGCCCUUAAUAUUCCUACUAUAGCUCGCAUUCCUGUCUAUCUCGUCCUGGUGGCAUGGUCCCUGGCUGCCGGGAAGGGAUCUGGAUCUCGGCUUCUGUUCCAGCUACACAGAUAUCAUGACUCGAGGCCCCAUUCGCCGUCUGCAUUUCGUUUCAUUUUUUGGCUCAUUCUCCGCCUUUUCGAUUGCUUGAAGCUGUACUAUACGUCAUAUACCUCGUCCUCGUUUAAUGAAAAUACAGAUCUGUGA